GAGAAGCCGGAAACAGCAGGCCGGGGCAGCCAGGGUUUACAGUGAAGAGGAAGGCCGGGGAGAUGAGUGCGUGCGUACGUGCGUGUGUUGGUGAGCGUGUGUGUGCACAAUGAAUUUUUAGGGCCAGCCCAGAACCCGCUGGACAGAGCUACAGACCCAUGGGGCCUGGCAGUGCCCGCUGAGCGAGGGAGAAGAUAGCAGCGGGGCUGCCGAGGCACCCAGCACACCCCAGAUCAUGUCUCUGUGGGGUCUGAUUUCCAAGAUGCCCCCAGAAAAACUGCAACGGCUCUAUGUUGAGUUUCCCCAACACCUUCGGCAUCUCCUGGCUGACUGGCUGGAGAGCCAGCCCUGGGAGUUCCUGGUUGGUGCAGAUGCCUUCUGCUACAACAUGGCUAGUGCCCUGCUUUCGGCCAUGGUCCAGCGUCUUCAGGCCUCUGCAGGAGAUCAGGGAAAAGGGAACCCCAUCCUGCAACACAUCAGCACCUUGGAGAGCAUGUAUCAGAGGGACCCCCUGAAGCUGGUGGCCACCAUCAGACAGAUACUUCAAGGGGAGAAAAAAGCUGUUAUAGAAGAGUUCCGCCACCUGCCAGGGCCCUUCCAUAGGAAGCAGGAAGAACUCAAGUUUACUACAGCCCUUGGAAGGCUCCAGCACCGAGUAAGGGAGACUCGUCUUCUCCGAGAAUCUUUACAGCAAAGGACCAAGGCUGGACAAGUGUCUCUGCACAGCUUGGUAGAAACUCCUGCCAAUGGCCCUGGUCCAAAUGAGGACCUGGCUACCCUGCUGCAGGGAACUGUAGGGGACCUGGAGGCCACCCAGGCCCUGGUGCUGAAAAGGAUUCAGAUUUGGAAGCGGCAGCAGCAGCUGGCAGGGAAUGGGACACCCUUUGAGGAGAGCCUGUCAGGGCUGCAGGAGCGGUGUGAAAGCCUGGUGGAAAUUUAUUCCCAGCUGCAGCAGGAGGUUGGGGCAGCCAGUGGGGAGCUUGACCCCAAGACCCGGGCAUCGCUGAUAAGCCGUCUGGACGAUGUGCUGCAAGCCCUCGUGACCAGCUCUUUCCUGGUGGAGAAGCAGCCUCCCCAGGUUCUGAAAACACAGACAAAGUUCCAGGCUGGAGUCCGAUUCCUGCUGGGUCUGCAGCUCCUGGGGACCUCAGCCAAGCCUCCCCUGGUCAGGGCUGACAUGGUGACAGAGAAACAGGCCAGAGAAUUAAGCCUGCCCCAAGGGCCUGGGGCUGGAGUGGAGAGCACAGGGGAGAUCAUGAACAACACGGUGCCUCUGGAGAACAGUAUCCCCGGAAACUGCUGCUCUGCCCUGUUCAAGAACCUGCUCCUGAAGAAAAUCAAGCGCUGUGAGCGGAAGGGCACAGAGUCUGUCACCGAAGAGAAGUGUGCUGUGCUCUUCUCUACCAGCUUCACACUGGGCCCCAGCAAACUCCUCAUCCAGCUGCAGGCCCUGUCUCUGCCCUUAGUGGUCAUCGUCCAUGGCAACCAGGACAAUAAUGCCAAAGCCACCAUUCUGUGGGACAAUGCUUUCUCUGAGAUGGACCGUGUGCCCUUUGUGGUAGCUGAGCGAGUGCCCUGGGAAAAAAUGUGUGAAACUCUGAAUCUCAAGUUCAUGGCUGAGGUGGGGACCAGCCGGGGACUGCUACCAGAACAUUUCCUCUUCCUGGCCCAGAAGAUUUUCAAUGACAACAGCCUUAGCAUGGAGGCCUUCCAGCACCGCUGUGUGUCCUGGUCACAGUUCAACAAGGAGAUCCUGUUGGGCCGCGGCUUCACUUUUUGGCAGUGGUUUGAUGGUGUCUUGGACCUCACUAAACGGUGUCUCCGGAGCUACUGGUCAGAUCGGCUGAUCAUUGGCUUUAUUAGCAAGCAAUAUGUCACUAGCCUCCUCCUCAAUGAGCCAGAUGGAACCUUCCUCCUCCGCUUUAGCGACUCUGAAAUUGGGGGCAUCACCAUUGCCCAUGUCAUCCGGGGUCAGGAUGGCUCCCCACAGAUAGAGAACAUCCAGCCAUUUUCUGCCAAAGACCUAUCCAUUCGCUCGCUGGGGGACCGGAUCCGGGAUCUUGCUCAGCUGAAAAACCUCUACCCCAAGAAACCUAAGGAUGAGGCUUUCCGGAGCCACUAUAAGCCUGAACAGAUGGGGAAGGACGGAAGGGGUUAUGUCUCAACUACUAUCAAGAUGACUGUAGAAAGGGACCAGCCUCUUCCUACUCCAGAGCCCCAGAUGCCUGUCAUGGUGCCCCCUUAUGAUAUUGGAAUGGCCACUGAUACCUCCAUGCAGCUCAGCUCAGAUAUGGUGUAUCCUUCACAGUCUCAUUCCAUCCACCCAUUUCAAAGCCUUCCCUUAGAAGAGCCAAUCAGUGUGCUGCCAGCCUUUCAGGAGCCUCACCUGCAAAUGCCCCCCAACAUGAGCCAGAUAAACCUGCCCUUUGACCAGCGUCACCCCCAGGGCCUGAUGCAGUGCCAGUCCCAGGAGCACUCUGUGUCUAGCUCAGACCCCUUGCUCUGCUCAGAUGUGACCAUGGCGGAAGACAGCUGCCUAACUCAACCUGUGGGAGCGUUCCCCCAGAGUACCUGGGUUGGUGAAGACAUGUUCCCUCCUCUGCUGCCUCCCACUGAGCAGGACCUCACCAAGCUUCUCCUGGAGGGCCAAGCAGAAGCAGGAGGAGCGUCCUUGGGAGCCCAGCCCCUCCUGCAACCAUCUCCUUACGGGCAAUCUGGGAUGUCAAUGUCCCAUCUGGACCUAAGGACCAACCCUAGCUGGUGAUGCCAGCUGGAGAAGUAUAGAGCCAGAGGAUCUUCUGCCUCUACGGACCUGCUCUGGACCUGCUCAUGCAGGCGCCUCUCCUCUCCCUGGUCAGGAGGAAAAGAAAUGGCUGGACGAAU